GGGAAGCGUUUCCAUAGAGAGAAAAAAUAUCGCAGCCCUCUUAAUAACAAUAAAAGAAAAGGCAGGAUACAGAAGUUCAGGCUAAUGUUCCUGAUAUAUUUCUCCUUACUCUGAGACGGCGGCUUGCAACAGUGAGCGCUCUCCCUCCUGAGCACAGAAGACUUACAGGGGGGAACCAUGUCGCCCACCAGACUCAUGCUGCUGCUCCUGAUCGUGUGCGCCGUGCGGACAGGCCUGUCCCUCAAGCUGUACAAAGCCGAGUCCCUCUUCAGCUGCCUCAACGCCGCCCUCUCGGAGGCCGAGAAGAGCCGCCUGGAGGAGAACUCCCUCCUGGACAAGAGGAGUUUCGGCUCCCUGCCUGGGAAGGAGGCACCCUCACAGCAGGAGGAAGAGGAGGAGGCGGAAAAGGAGAAACGGACGUUCGCAGGGGACGCCCGAUACAAAUACCUCUCGCAGGCGCAGCUCAAGGGGAAGAUGUACCAGAACCGGGCCAAGACCGACCGGCGCACCAAAUUCACCCUGUCCCUCGACGUGCCCACCAACAUCAUGAACAUCCUCUUCGACAUCGCCAAGGCCAAGAACUUGCGGGCAAAGGCCGCCGCCAACGCCCACUUAAUGGCGCAGAUCGGGCGGCGGAAGUGAAGGGGGCGUGGGGGGGUGGAGCGGAGCGGGGAGCGAACUUGUGGGUGAGGUAGGGAUGGGUGGGCCGGAGAGGGAGGUCGCCAUCGGGGGCUUCAGCCCACCCCUCCUGGGGCUGCCCAAAUGAAACUGUAUAAAAGUGCGGUCUAUUUUUGAUCCUUAAAGCUGCAUAACAUUCAGAUCGAUCUCUCUCUCUCUUUCUCGCUCUGAACUUUUCCUCUCCUCAGAGCCCUGACCGCUUACCACUUGCUCCCUGCUAGGAGGAGGCAGAUAGGGGUUUCACACCAGGGGAAGGGGAUGUU